CAAAAUCACCAAAAUCACCUGACAUCCCUGACAACUAUAUUGCAAAUGUCAAAAGGAAAAUAGUCAUAAAUAGUUUUUUUUUGCAAAUAUACGUUCAAAAUGGCAGCCACAAGAAGACUUCAAAAGGAGCUAGCAGAUAUCCGGGCGUCUGGUCUGAAAUCGUUCAGAGACAUUAUAGUUGAUGAAGCAAAUCUUUUGUUAUGGUCAGGUUUAAUCGUUCCGGAAAAUUCACCCUACAACAAAGGCGCAUUUAGAAUUGAAAUUACGUUUCCGGCUGAAUAUCCCUUCAAACCGCCGAAAAUUUGUUUCAAAACCAAGAUUUAUCAUCCCAACAUAGAUGAAAAAGGUCAAGUAUGUUUGCCCAUAAUUAGCACAGAGAAUUGGAAACCAGCAACGAAGACUGAUCAAGUAAUUCAAGCUCUCAUAGCACUGGUCAAUGACCCAGAACCUGAGCAUCCACUCAGGGCAGAUUUAGCAGAGGAAUAUUUGAAAGACCGUAAAAAGUUCACCAAAAAUGCCGAAGAGUAUACACGGAAGCACAGCGAAAAGCGACCGGAAUAAAAUAUAUUUAUCCACAAUUGGCAUCGAAAAGCAAAUCCAAAUCACAAACACAACUUUUCGUUGUGUAAACUUAAAUUCAUCUAGUAUUUUUUUUCUCUUUUAAAUCUCUUUAAUUUAAAUGAAGGCUAAAUAAGAAGUUGUGUCGUUGAAAAUCCAACGUUAAAAAUAUGAUAAUAAUAAAUUGGAAUAGAUGAAGAUUUUUUUUUCUUUUAUUAAGCUUUGCUUUUCAUUGUAUCAUUUCAAACUCAUUUGUUGUUUCAUUUCAUUUUCGCUGUGAUCAAAUAACUUGUUGAGCUUUGAGUGCCCUUUGCCUUUUGUUAUACGUAAUAUGUAACACAUGAACAAAUAUGCUUCAACAAAAUUCAACAUGAAGCCAGAGCAAGAAACAUACUCAUACUUCAUGAGAUGGCAAAAAAUGUGUAAUUCAUUUAGUUUAGAUCGUAAAUAUGUGAACUAUGUAACACGUCUGUGACAGAAAAACUGCGUUCUAAUCAUAAUUAGACAAGGAAAAAUAUGUUCAAUAAAUAGAAUGAACGAAUGUUGAAAAAUA